AUGAAAGAGGAGGUCCUGAGCAAGGGCGGACAACAACCAAUUCCAAACCGCUUGAAAGAGAGAGAAAGACUUCCCGGAGAAUCACAGCGUAGUGCUCUGCGAAAAGACUAUCUGGUGCCCCAAGUGGCAGCUCAAGGGGGAGCUGACACCUUGGCCAACGCUACCGGAGAUGAAGGGGGAGAGAGACGACAGAGCGAAGACAGCGGGAGGAAGACAACAGAGCAAAGACAACCAUCGGAUGGUUCCUGCCCCUUCCGCACGAGCCUGAUCCCGACCCUGGAAGACAUCCUGAUCCUGUGGAUGAGAUCGACGAAGACAUCGUCCCAGAUCCAGACUGCGAACCUCGCUUUCCUGUGUGGCUCACCCGGACCGAAAGAGACGACGAUGAUGAGGAUGACCCGCUUCGAGCAGAGUCAUGUUGCCAUUGCCGACGACUAUGCUAGAUAUGAUGGGGAGUAA